AUGUCGGGCGUAUCGUUAGCCGUGGCACCACGGACGGAGCCGGAGGGGGCGGCGAAGAGGCCGGCGGCGGAGGAGGCGACGGUGGGCGGUGUGAUGGGGUCGCUGAGGGUGAUCGAACUGCAGCUGGUGGCGUUCAUCGUGGUGUUCUCCGCCAGCGGGCUCGUCUCCCUGCUCGACCUCGCCUACCCGGCCUUCGUCUCCUUCUACCUCCUCGCCCUCUCCCGCUUUGCCUUUCCCUCCUCUGGCGCCGCCGCCGCCUCGCCGGAGGUUCUCCGCGGCGGGCGGGGCUUCCGGGUGUACACGGCAGUGGGGACGACGGUGGGGCUAUUCCUGCCGCUGGCGUACGUGCUGGGCGGGUUCGCGAGGGGGGACGAGCACGGGGUGAGGUCGGCGACGCCCCAUCUGUUCCUGUUGUCGUUCCAAAUACUGACGGAGAACGUGCUCAGCGGGCUCGGAGGGGCCUUUUCGCCGCCCGUCAGGGCGCUCGUCCCGCUGCUCUACACCGUUCGCCGGAUCUUCGUCAUCAUUGACUGGGUCUCCGACGUCUGGACUCACAAGCCACUCCCCCCCGCCGCCCCCCCCGCCCCCCCUUUCAGGGUCAACACCCAACUCAAAAAUUCUCUCUCCCUCUCUCAGAGUCUCACCCAUGCGAGUGCAACUAAAAGUUUUGUGACUCUCUCUCUCUCUCUCUCACUCACUCACUUACUCACUCUCACUCUCACUCACUUUGUUGGGUAGCUGAAGUGGGGAAUAAGACCUCACUAUUUUUUGUUUUUCAGGAGGCUGCGUGGGUGUGGUUUGGGAGGGGGCUGGCGGUGGCGAACCUCGCCUAUUUCUCCGUCAACCUCUUCACCUUCCUCAUCCCCCGCUUCCUGCCGCGGGCCUUCGAGCGGUACUUCAAGGACAGGAACGAGUUGCUGCCCAAGACGCCGGCGGACAAGCGCCCACCGCCGCCGGCCGCCGAUGCGGUGGCGCCGCCGCCGGAGCCCGAGGCGAAACCCCACGAGGAGAAGAAAUCGGAUUAA